AAUAAUAGUCUGAAAUCGAUGUUACAACAUUAAUUAAUUUAUAAAUUAGUUUUAAACAGGUAAAUAUAAACAAUUAAACCGAUUUGUAGUAGAAUUUGUGAUUGUUUCUUGAAGAAACAAUAUUUUGUAUUUCGUUGAGUUGUCAAUGUGACAGUUGCUGAUGAUCGGUUGUUGUUAACAGUUGUGACGUGUCGCCGUAAAAUAUUGUGAAUUUUAAGGAUUUCAAUAUAUCUGGGCCAAAGAUAUAACCGAAAAUGAGUUCCUUUAAAAAGGACAAGAAGGAAGAGGAGGAUGGCAGUUGCUUGUUCACUGGUAUCGAGAAAACAACAGUAUUACAAGAAUGUAGGACUUUCAAUGAGACCCCCGUCAACCCCAAGAAAUGCAUCAGAAUCAUGACUUCUAUCCUGUACUUGCUGAAUCAGGGAGAACAAUUGAGUUCUACAGAAGCUACAGAGGCCUUCUUUGCGAUGACCAAACUGUUCCAAUCGCAAGAUGUCAUUCUUAGGAGGAUGGUGUAUUUGGGUAUUAAGGAAUUGAGUGGUGUUGCUGAUGAUGUUAUUAUUGUCACAUCCAGUUUAACUAAAGAUAUGACUGGUAAAGAGGAUUUAUAUAGGGCUGCUGCAAUCAGGGCUUUGUGUAGUAUCACUGAUGCAACUAUGCUGCAGGCAAUUGAAAGGUACAUGAAACAAGCUAUUGUGGAUCGUAACUCUGCAGUCAGCAGUGCUGCCCUUGUUAGCUCACUGCACAUGACCAAAAUGGCUAAUGAUGUAGUUAAGAGAUACGUGAAUGAAGCACAAGAAGCCAUCAACAGUGAUAACAUUAUGGUGCAAUAUCAUGCUUUGGGAGUUUUGUACCAUAUCAGGAAAACUGAUAAGUUGGCAGUUAAUAAGUUAGUUGCCAAAUUGACUAAGUCCUCUUUGAGGUCUCCUUAUGCAGCUUGUAUGUUGAUCCGUAUGGCUGCGAAGCUGCUUGAGGAGGAAGAAAAUGGAUCGGAUUUGCCGUUCUUCGAUUUUAUUGAAAGCUGCCUUCGUCAUAAAUCCGAAGUCGUUAUUUACGAAGCGGCUCAUGCGAUUGUUAACUUGAAGUGCACCACAAAUAGCGAAUUAGCUCAUGCGAUUAGCUGCUUGCAAAGUUUCUGCAAUUCCCCGAAGGCUACUCUUAGAUUUGCCGCCGUUCGUACAUUGAAUCAAGUUGCUAUUUCGCAUCUUGCCGCUGUAAAACUUUGCAACAUGGACUUGGAGAACCUCAUCACCGAUUCGAACAGGUCUAUUGCUACUUUGGCUAUUACCACUUUGUUGAAGACCGGAUCCGAGUCUUCUGUUGAUCGCCUGAUGAAGCAGAUUGCAACUUUCGUUUCGGAGAUCAGCGACGAAUUCAAAGUUGUGGUAGUUCAAGCCAUCCGAGCAUUGUCUUUGAAAUUCCCAAGGAAACACAGCGUGCUGAUGACGUUCCUUUCGAUGAUGCUUCGCGAUGAAGGCGGUCUUGAGUACAAGGCUUCUAUCGCUGAUACGAUUAUAACUAUUAUUGAAGAUAAUCCUGAUGCCAAGGAGAUCGGUUUGGCACAUCUCUGCGAAUUCAUCGAGGACUGCGAGCAUACUUCGUUGGCGGUCAGAAUUCUGCAUUUGUUGGGCAAGGAAGGUCCUAGAACCAAACAACCUUCCAAGUAUAUCAGAUUCAUUUACAAUCGUGUCAUUCUCGAAAAUCCGACUGUCAGAGCUGCCGCAAUCUCAGCAAUGGCACAGUUUGGAGCGACUUGUCCCGAUUUGCUGGAGAACAUCUUGGUGCUCUUAGCGCGCUGCCAAAUGGAUUCCGACGAUGAAGUGCGCGAUCGUGCCACCUACUACAGUAACAUAUUAAGCUACUUAGAUCCUUCGUUAUACAAUAGCUAUAUCAUUGAGAGUCCUCAAGUUUCGAUUCCAUCUUUGGAGCGCUCGCUUAAAGAAUACUGCGAUGGAUGUACAGAUGAACCGUUCGAUUUGAAAUCCGUACCAAUUGCAGUCGUUCCGACUAAUGAGGAGGUUACAAGGGCCCAACAGAAAUCUGAAGGUAUGAUUAUGUCUACCGGACCUACGAAGAAGGUUAAAGUUUCCAGAGAAGAAAACUACGCACAGAAAUUGACCCUGAUCCCGGGUAUCGCGCAAGCCGGUUCUCUAUUCAGAAGUUCCGAAGUCGUUGAAUUGACCGAAUCUGAAACUGAAUACGUCGUGAGAUGUAUAAAGCACACAUUCUCUCGCUGCAUUGUUCUGCAGUUCGACUGCCUCAAUACUCUUAGCGAUCAAUUGUUGGAAAACGUGCGCGUCCAGUUGGAACCUAGCGAAGGAUACAAAAUUCUUAAAGAAAUUCCGUGCGAGAAGUUGCCUUACAACGAGACCGGAACCACUUACAUUGUGCUACAGUAUCCGGAGAAUUUCUUCGCUAGCGUCGCUACUUUCGGAGCUGUCCUCAAGUUCAUCGUCAAAGAUUGCGAUCCGGACACCGGUUUACCAGACACCGAUGAAGGUUACGACGAUGAGUAUAUUCUUGAAGAUCUUGAAAUCAAUUUGGGCGAUCAAAUUCAACGCGUGAGCAAAGUCAAUUGGCAGGCGUCUUGGGAGGAGCUCAGCGAGAACUGCGUUGAGAUGGAAGAAACCUACUCUCUUGCAUCGAUGAGUACUCUGGAGGAAGCUGUGAAGAACAUCAUUCAGUUCUUGGGACUUCAGCCGGCUGAAAGGUCCGAUAAAAUCCCUGAAGGAAAGACUACUCAUACCUUGCUGCUCGCUGGAAUUUUCCGCGGCGGUGCUGAUAUCCUGGUACGUGCCAAAUUGGCUUUGGCCGAUGGAGUGACCAUGCAACUCACAGUCAGAUCGACGCAUCCUGAUGUUGCGGAACUUGUCACUGCUUCCGUAGGUUAAUUGAAAUGUAUUAUUUGUAUGAAUUGAAAGAUAUAUGUAUGUACUAAUUAUAAUUCGGAUUUUAUUAAAAAAAAAUAUAUAAGUUAAGAUUUUAAAAUCACAAAUUAUUUGUUUUGCUCAUCAACUUUCAAUAGAAUUGCCCUUAUUUUCAUUGCUUGUAUU